ACUGAUUUUUUUUAUUUUUUUUUUAAUAUUAAAUAAACCAUAAGAGCCAUAUUCCCUUUCUUUUGUCAACUCUCUAGAUAGUGCGCGCGACCAUCCACGUGCGGCCAACGGCUGCCUCUCUCUCCACCAGCUGCUGCUUUUUGAGGCAUCGUGCGGUGCGUUCAGACACCCUCGUCACUUUUUUCCUUUUAUAUUCUGGCAAAUCCUUAAAAUCCCCGCAUGGCUGAACUCCAUGAGGACACGACUAACGUAGGAUUGGGGCACAUGUAUGGACACACUCUCAGCGCACCAGAGACAGUUCUUCUCUGCAGCUGGAACCUAACCAUGUCUAGCUAGGUCUCCUAUCCUGCUGGUCUUUUUCCUUCCACCCGAAACCUUGAGCCGAUCCUCCAGGACUUUUAAGCCCCCCUUUGCCCUCUCUCAACUAAAGCGUCCAACAUGGGGGAAAGGCGAACACACUCCUUUCACACAACGUGCCAUGUUCAGCGUGACUAUGGUAACAGGUUGGGGAGUUCCUUCAUACGUUGGAGCCCCAACGGAUAUGCCACCACAAGCCUCUGCCACAACCUGGACCAGGGCAUGGACGCGGACCCGGCAACCUCCACCCUCAGCACUGCCGGUAGCACUGCCCUACGGGCUCCCACACCCGACAGAAGCCACUACUCUCCUGUUUCACUGGAACUGGACCCCACAGCAGUGAAUAAUGGAUCAGGCAUUCCCUGCCAUCCACCAGGGGACACAAAGGACCCAGGGCUGCAGAUCAUACACGGCCAGCCCUCCGUCACCUCCGUCCCGCCACCUCUCCCUCAAUCGAGCUGGCUGCAUCAUCAGAAGGAUUUCCACAGCCCUUACAUCAAGACUAGCAUGCAGGGGGAUGUUUACAACUUCCUUGAGAGACCUGCUGGAUUAAAAUGCUUCCUCUACCACUUCCUUGUCUUUCUCAUGGUCCUCGUGUGUCUCAUCUUCAGUGUCCUCUCCACUAUAGAACAAUAUGCAGACUUUGCCACUGGAACCCUCUUCUGGAUGGAGAUUGUGCUGGUGCUGUUCUUUGGCACGGAGUAUGUGGUCCGGCUGUGGUCGGCAGGCUGCCGCAGCAAAUAUGCAGGCAUCAAAGGACGCCUCCGCUUUAUCAGGAAGCCCAUAUCAAUCAUAGAUUUGAUAGUGGUCAUUGCCUCAAUCAUCGUGCUUGGGGUAGGGUCAAACGGCCAAGUGUUCGCCACGUCUGCCAUCAGGGGCAUCCGUUUCCUCCAAAUCCUGCGCAUGCUGCAUGUGGAUCGGCAGGGUGGAACUUGGAGGCUCCUAGGAUCUGUAGUCUUCAUUCAUCGACAGGAGCUGAUCACCACCCUGUACAUUGGCUUCUUGGGGCUCAUCUUUUCCUCCUACUUUGUCUACUUGGCGGAGAAGGACGCUGUCGAUGAGGAGGGCAAGACGGGUUUCUCCAGCUACGCUGAUGCUCUGUGGUGGGGCGUGGUGACCGUCACCACGAUCGGAUAUGGAGACAAAAUUCCUCAAACGUGGAUAGGCAAGGCCAUUGCCUCCUGCUUCAGUGUCUUCGCCAUCUCCUUCUUCGCUCUACCUGCUGGUAUUCUUGGCUCAGGGUUUGCCCUGAAAGUCCAACAGAAGCAGAGACAGAAGCACUUCAACAGACAGAUCCCUGCUGCAGCCUCACUAAUCCAGACACUGUGGAGGUGCUAUGCAGCGGAGAAACCAAACGGUUGUGCUGUUACCUGGAAAAUGUACGUUCUAACUCCAGAGGCUGUCGCCUCAGUGGAAUCUGAGAGUCCUAACAUCAGGAAGCUCAACAUAUCGAAAAAGGGGACCAAGAGGAGGCUGAAGUGCAGAGGAAAUGGUUCUAUGGGCGUGGCCUCAGAGAGAGCCGUAUCCAUCCCCCAGAUCACCUACGAUCACAUCGAUGACUCUGAGGAGAAGAAAGACGUCUCGUUUUUCGUGUCUGAGCCCACGGGGACUGUUGAAGGAAUCACCAGGAUAUUCAGGCAAACAGGCCCUCCUCUUCAUUCUUGGUCAUCUUUCACUCUGAGCUGCCCUGCCUCUCCAGUAAAGAAGAGUCAUGAUAACAACACGUCCAUUGACAUCUCCCGGGCCAACAGCUUAACCGAUGAGCUAGACUUCAUGACUGAGGAUAUUCCCCUUCCUGUGGUGACUAACAAAACUCAGUUGUCCCACGCCCAACGAUCAGCAGUAAAAGUUCUCCGCAGAAUGCAGUACUUUGUGGCCAGGAGGAAAUUUCAGCAAGCGCGGAAACCCUAUGAUGUGCGAGACGUGAUCGAGCAGUAUUCCCAGGGUCACCUCAACAUGAUGGUCCGCAUCAAGGAGCUUCAGAGAAGGCUGGACGGCACCCUGGGGAAACCAGGAAUGUUUCUUCCAGGAAAGGGGGAAGAUAAGGAAUACCCGACGAUCGGGGCACGGCUGAUCAGGCUGGAAGAUAAGGUCCAACAGAUGGACCAGAAAAUGGACUCGGUCCUACGGAUCCUGCUGGAGCAGUUUCCGCCCAAAGCGGAGCUCACGUCCAAACCCUCCAUCCGCAGGGUGACCAUCCAGAAAUGCGUGGGUGCUAGCAUCGACGAGGGGCCCUGACGCCGCGGAGGUGUUCACGUUGGGUGAGACGAUGCCCUCACUAUCAAAGGAUAAUCAAAGGAGCCGGAGCUCACAUCAACGGCAAGGCCUCCUAUGAAGGGGGAAGCUUGCAAACAAUCUCGGGACACAGUCUUCCAGAACCCCUCACCUUCCCCUCGCUUUUUCUUACCGACCUUUGACCCUUGAGAAAAGAACAACAUUUAACUGUCCGCUUGACGCUCAUCAGGGACAUGAAGGCAAAACAACCACUAAGCGUAAGAUUCCUAGAAAGCAGCCUGACAGACCUGUUCCUUCAGGUGAUUGCUGGCUCUUUAUGGGACCCUGUCUUUUUUUGUGUGUGUGUGUUAUCUAAAUGUAGCUUUUUUCUCCUACACUGGUACUAUUUCCCCUCAGUCUUUCGGUCGUUCAACCAGUGACAGGCUGCAUGUAUUUAUUUCACCACAUUAGCCCCAUAAUCACUACUACUCCACCAUGUUCAUUUAUACGCAGCCCGUCACCGAGCGGCAUUCCUCUACUCCAAAUAUUAUUUCAAAGCUAACUAACCCCAUAAUGAAGUCAUAAUGCAAUCAAAGCACUCAAGUUCCCCAAAGACAUCGAGAAAAACUGAAGGUCCGGCCGUGGCAGAGGCAUUCCUCAAACCCGUCUGAUUAUCUUGGCACCGUCCACACCCAGCACAAAACAGGGUUAUUUCCACAGACACAUAUCCACCAAUUUAACCGUACUCCGUCUGCAGCGGGUGUUUGUUGGUACUGAUCGAAUAACACGAGGAGGGAAGUGCAGAUUAUCUGUUGACUUUGCCCUGCAUUGAGCACCGUAAGGCCAUAAGGAGUGAAAGAAGUGGAACUAAAGACGUGUGUCUUGCCUGGGUUGGGUGUCCAACGUAGUGCUGAUUUACAGCUACGCUUGAGCUAAUAAAAAUAGCCAAACAGGACCUGGUGCCGCAUUACAGGACUCCAGUCUGAAGUUAUGGCACAAGGCUCUGUGUUUGCUUGAGGUUUUCACUCACAGUUUUCAUAUGGUUAUCAAUCUCAAACACUUUCAGCGGGACCACUACUCACACCGCCACCGGGACUUCUGCUUAACAUCUUCUGUUACCCUCGUCAGUUGGCUCACGCUGCCGCAUUCAAUUUAAAAUAAAUUUGCCCCAUUAGAGCUCUGAUUAUUUUUUCUCUCCUGAGCUAAUUAAGUGCUGAAUUCCUGGUAAGGGGAGAUUACCGACUGCGAGCGACUAAUGAAAAGAAACACUGGAAAAUGUUCAGAAUUUAAACUGCAAGCUUUGAGUAACGGCCUCGCUAAUGCUGUGUGAAGGAUUUAGAAAUUCUCUGCUACCACUGAGAGCAGACAUCUGACGGAGAGAGACUCUCGCUUUGUCUCCGCGCUCGUAGUAUUUAUCUGACAGGGCGCUGAGAGCGCGUAAGAAGCAGAAAAUAGAAAAUAACUCAGUUAGCUUUUGUAUGAAAGGCCUCCCAUAAUUAUAGCAUGCACAUUCCUAAAAAGACGGAUGCACACACCAAAGAGGGGUGAACAACUGAAGCGGAAAGAGAAGAGGCUUUUUCUCUGCGCUAGUGUAUAUUUUGAUAUUUUUGCAGUGGUUAAAUAUGAGCUAUUAUUUAUCUUCUAUUAAAUGAAAUGGUCGUAUUUAAAGGCACUCUAGUUGUGUGACGGACCUUGAUACAUAUCUGCCCGUCUGUCUCCCCUGUACAGUUUUGUAAGACUUGUAAAUAGAAAGAUUGCCUUAUUCUACUGUAUUUAUUAUAAUGUGAUCAACCUGGAAUACUAUAUAUCUGCUUGGAGUUGGAGUUGUACUAAACGCCGAGCGGCAUCCCGCUGUCUAAACGGAUGGAAAUGAUUGGAAAUGAUAUUCACACGGACCCUCUGCACUGUAACUGCUGUAAAUAAUUAAAUAAUAAAAACCAUUUCAUUAUG